AUUAAAUAUUUUGAUUAACAAUUAAACUCACAAUAAACAGUAAACUCAAGUCGAAGUACUCGCAGGAAUUGAGGAGUCAUUUAGUCACUACCUAUAAGUAAAGCUUUUUACCAUGGAUAUUAAACAUCAAAACUGGAUUCCUGGAAAUUUUAAGAAUGUUCCCGAUACUGGACGUGCAGCACAUGAUGUUGUACAACAUGGUUGGACACCAAUCACAACUACUACUUCUGUUCUUGGUGUUGUGUUUGACUCUGGUGUAGCUUUGGCUGCAGAUACACUUACAUCAUAUGGUUCAAUGGCAUGUUUCCAGAAUAAUCCCAGAAUAUUGACGGUAAAUCAAAACAUUAUUGUUGCUGCAGCUGGUGAAUACUCUGAUUAUCAAUUUAUAAGAGAUGUUGUCGAAGAAAAAGUGAGGACUGAAAAGAGUCUUAACGAUGGAAUAUCAAUGAAACCAAAAGCUUUGCACACUUGGUUGUCUCGUGUUUUGUACAAUCGCCGGACUAAGAUGAAGCCUCUCUGGUCUACAUUCUUAGUGGCUGGAGUCCAAAAUGAUGUUCCCUUUUUAGGUGAAAUCGAUAAAUUGGGAACUGCAUUUAUAGAUGAUCAAAUUGCUAGCGGCUAUGGUGCGUACCUUGCACUACCGUUAAUGCGAAAAGCAAUUGAUGAAAAGCGUGAAAAAUUCAAUUCUAAACUAACAAAAGAUGAAGCUAUUGAUCUACUUAAAAAGUGCAUGGAAGUAUUGUAUUACAGAGAUGCAAGGAGCCACGAUAAAUAUCAAAUUGGUAUUAUUACCAAAGAUUCUGUAGAAGUACAAAAUCUUGCAUUGAAGCCUAGAUGGGAAGUUGCAAAACUGGUACAAGGAUAUGAAUAAAUUAUUGGAAGUCUUAUAUAACAUACAAUUUUGUCUUAUCAUUAUUUUUAAAUAAUUAUUACAUUUAUGUAGGGAUUAACUUUUUUUUGCUAAUAAAAAAUUUUCAUGGAAAAA